UGUGCAGCAUGAGUCUCCACGGGAAAGUUGCUCUGGUCACCGGCGGCGCACAGGGCAUCGGUAAAGCCGUGGCUGAAGCCCUCCUGGAAAAUGGGGCAAAGAUAGCACUGGUAGACCUGAAUCAAUCCGUGGGCGAAGAAUGUAAAAGCGAACUAGACGUACAGCAUGGAGAGGAUAACUGCAUUUUUAUCCAGUGUGAUGUGACAGACGCGGGAAAACUGAAAGAUACCUUCCAAAACACAGUCGAUAGGUUUGGUCGAUUGGAUAUUGUCAUUAAUAAUGCUGGAAUCAACAAUGAGAAGAACUGGGAAAAGACCAUUGAAGUUAAUUUAACAUCUGUCAUAAAGGGGACAUAUUUAGCCCUGGAACACAUGAGUAAAGAGUACGGAAAGGAAGGAGGGGUUAUCAUCAAUGUCUCAUCUAUGGCAGCAUUUCUCCACUCUCCUCACCAACCAGUGUACACAGCAACAAAGCAUGGGGUGAUUGGAUUUUCAAGAGCCUUGGCUGACGCAUCUGAACAAGGCAAUUACGGAGUGAGGAUCAACACACUGUGCCCAGCAUUUGUCGACACCCAGCUCCUACGCACUGUAGAGCAUGAGGAAACAAUGGGCAAGUUUGUCAAGUACAAAGAUGAGUUCAAGGAAAGGAUGGACAAGUAUGGGGUUCUGAAACCAUCACUGAUUGCAGAGGGAAUGCUGCAAAUCAUAACAGAUGAAAGCCUGAAUGGAGCCGUGAUGAAGAUCACCUGCUCUAAAGGGAUUCACUUCCACACCUACGAACCACUUUCAGCUUGAAAAUGGUGCUUUUAUCAAGACAUUUCUGUUUAUCUCUUUCUCUCCACUUUAAUUGUAAUUGAGUCCAGCGCAAACACCUCAGUCACUAGCUGGCAUGUUGGAAGUGUUUUUUUUUUUUAAUUAUUAUUAUUAUUUUUAGCAUGGCUAAAAUUUGGAGCAUUCUGGGGUUUCUCAGAGUUGGUGUUAAGUAAAACACACUGCUGUAUAGCCUAAUUUAGACAUAAGUAGGGAAGGUGUAGAUUUUGUAAGAAUAUCCUAUUUCUCAUUUCAGUUUUCUAAUCCAAAAUAUCUUUCUAAAGCUGUAACCUUUUCCGAAAGUGCCUUUCAUCUUUAAUGUGAACAGAACUGUUUUUACUGUAAGCGACUGCUAAAAAUAAAAUCAAAAUAUUUAUUAAAUAUUACAUUACUGUUUCAUGGAUUAUAUAAUACCUCAAGAGCCCAUUAUAUAUAUUUGCAAAUUAUACAUAUUUAUUAUGUUUUUAAUCUAUGAUAUGGUAUUAAUGUACUUGUUUGUUGUAGCUGAAAAGAGAGAGUAUAGUCUUUGUAUUGUCACACAUUUAAUCAAAAGUGUCUUUUAUAGAUAUAACAUGCUUAUAGAUAUAACAUGAGUACAAUUCCUGUGAAGGCAGCUGUCAUAACUGGGACAUAGCAUUGCACGCAUUCACAUAGAAUAAAAUUUGAAUCCCUCCUUU